CGCCCCCUCGGCGUUUGCGGUGCCGUGCAACGCUUUACGCAGAACUGAAUCAGCGGCACCAGGAUCAUGAGCUGGAAUGGGAACAUGCCGAGGAGGUCGCUUCAGGUGUGAUUUAGGAUGAUCGCUCGGUUUUUCGGCUAAAGAUCACAAAUGAUGGAUCAUUUUAUUCCCCGCUCACACACACGUGCAUGAAUGCAUGAAGUUAGCUGGAGAACGGCAAUGUAUUUUGUGCGCUUGAGGGAAAAAUCGUCAGCGACUGGACACGAUGUCGAGAUGAACGAGAUGCUUCUGCUGUCGCACACCGUAACACGGCAACACUGAUGCCGCAUUGACAGUCGAUGGUGCACCGGCUACACACACAUACACAAGCGCGCGCACAAACACACACACACACACACACACACACACACACCAGCGAUUCUCUCCUGUUCGGACCCGAUUAGACCAGCAGGAUGUCGGGGCGCAGAAGCUGCGUGAACUCGCUGUGGUCGGGAAGCGAGCGAGUGCGCAUCGGAGAGCGCCUCAAAGCCACGCUGGCCGGCAUCGUGGAGCUGGAUGUGCUCCGGGGCCGCCAGCUGGAGUUGAUCGACUCCGUGAUGGAUGAGAGCGGGAACACCGCGGAUGGACCCUGUGACCAACCAGCGAGCCUCGACAGCGCCGCCGAGGAUGGUGCCGUGACCACCUGCAGGCAACAGACUCCUUCUCCAGCAGAUUCUUUAGUGCCAGGUGUCAGGAUUACAGAGGGCCCAAGCUCCCGCUGGUCCACUCUCUCAUGGGACAUCCCAUCGGACCUUCUCUCUCCCCCCACUCCAGAUCCCACUGGCACCAUUUCACUUGACUGUGACUCCAGACCCAGUUCAGGUUUUUACUCAGUCAGUGGGAGCUCACUGUCUGAUUCCUGUUACUCAGUGGCUAGUGAGGCAGCCCCUGGAGGUCCACCUAAAAUGGGGGGGCCAUGCAGGCCGCACUCGUUGGAUCACAGUACCACCCGGUGGAGGGAGGAUGAACCACAAAAUGGACAGAACUCAAGAGGGUCAGUCCAAAGAGGAGAUAGGAGGCCUGCUUCUACUGGGGAACUAGAGAUUGAUGGGCUCAUGUUUCUGACUGGACUUUGCUCCAGUCUUGGGGCAAUACAGAAAGAAUGUGUGUUGUCAAGCUCCAACACCUAUCCACAGCUGCAACUAGACCCAAAAUUCUGCUCCGACCUGGUCUCAAGGAAGACAAAAGAGGUGUACCCUUAUCCUAGUCCACUCCAUGCAGUGGCCUUGCAGAGUCCCCUGUUUACUUCCUGCCAGAAUCCUUCCCCCACAGAGCGCUCCUUCAGCCCAGAGAGACCAGCUUGUGGAAACAGAGCCUGAACAGCCUCCUGUGAGGACCCAACCUCCACCAUCUCCAUCUCUCACACAGCUGGAGCAAUACAUUACCAGAUUAGCGCAUCAGUACCACAGCAGGCAGACUUCUGAGACUUCCAAUCGAGCAUCUCAGAAGCUCUCUGCAGG